AUGAAUCAAGAUAAAUUAAAUUUUACUUUGGCUGCACAACUAUAUAACUUAAGGUCACAUAAACAAACAAGUAAUUCAUUCAAUUCAGAUACUACUGCUACUUCUACUGAAGAUAUUAAUGAUGAUCUUAACAAAUCCAGUAAUGACGAGAACACAAUUCAUAAUACUCAAACUUGGGUUAAUGCGAUUAAGAAAUAUUUCAAGGAUACAAACCUUACGGGUGAUAUUACACAGAUUAAAGAUUACUCAGAAUUAGAAAAUAUUCUUAUCCAAUUCUUUGUAGCUUUAAAAAGAAAAGAUGACAAACCUUAUACAUCUACAUCAAUCUAUAACUAUAAGACCUUAAAAAUUACUAUUCCUCGUGAGAAGAAUCAUGCAGGUGGUUUAAAAAAUCUUAGUAAUGCAGGUCAGAUUUUGCAAAAGGCAUUUGGUUUUAUGAUGCUGGACUUGGACGACAUUUGCAUAAAAAGAUGA